AUGUCCCAGGCGAUUUCGGCUUCGGUCUUUGCUCCCGAGGUCGUCAAUGCCAAUGUUAAAUUCCCUGUUUAUCUCGGGAUCUCUCGGGAAUAUGACAUUGAAUGGAAUCAUGAUAUCACUGUCGCAACUCAUUACGUUCCCCGAGGACCUCUUCGUGAUGAAUAUGCGAUGAGAUUUGGAAUGUUCGGGUCGGGCCUCGCAUCCUACUUUUUUGGGGUGGUCGCUAUGGAAGAUGGCUUUAAGGAUUGCUGCGAGGGUGCCGGUGGUCGUUUCGGUGAUGGUGAGUCAAGUCUCUGGGUCAACCCAUGGCAGCACAUGGCCCUUGUCGACCGCAUCCUUGAGGAUGCUCACAAGAUAACGGCUGGAGUCAUGUCUCUCCAGAGACGAACAUUUGGUUCAUAG